AUUCGAUCUGAGCUAUCCCCAUGUGGGGAUUGCCUGUUUGAGUAUCAAUGAGCCUGAAACGGAUGCUAGUUGUUUUAGCAUGGGGUGGGGUAAGGACUUAAAUAAUGACAAAAUCUAUGCCGUCUCGUUAAAGAAGGUUCCAUCACCGAUAGUUGACCAAGGGACUUGUGAAUUGGCCUUACAAGGUGUGAUUGGAAGUAAGUUCAGCUUGGACAACUCGUUUAUAUGUGCUGGAGGAAGGAAGAACUUUAACACAUGCUCUGGUGAUGGAGGUUCGUCACUUGCUUGUCGCACUUCGAGCGAUGGCGACCCACCUCGUUUCGCAGUGUGCGGAAUGGUUGCAUCUGGUUAUGAAUGUGGUAGCGAAGUACCCGUGCUUUACACCAACGUACCGGCGAUGCUCCCAUGGAUCAUUAAUCAAUUUAAUUAUGAGCAACUUAACAUUACGUUCUUCGCUUAAAAAUAUAUUAGUUACUAGUAGACUCGGCCAAGCGUUGCUGUGGCUAAGAUUUUUGUUAUAUUCA